AUGGGACUGGCCAACAUAAUAGAGCUAUCUCCCUUGUUUCUGUCCUUACCGACCUUCUUCAUAUCGCUGACUUUUACCUCGGUCUCAGGCAGUUAUGCAACAACUGCAAUCCAGAGCGCUCUGCUAGCUUCCCUGGCACUCUUGUUCAUAGCCGUGCUGCGAAAUGUUGGUCUGAUACCGACAGAAACAUCAUCUGAUACUAGGAAAUCGCCAUAUGGUUGGAUUCCUACAUUUUUGUCGCUGGAAUGUGUAUUCUGCGCCAACAACCUAUUGUCACCUUCAAGAGCCAUGUCUCUAUUGAUAGUGGGGACCCUGGUGGUUUCCAUAGAUAAUCGGUCGUCAAAGUGGACAUCACUAGCCAAUGAUGUCGCUGCAAAUUCGCAGGUGAUUUUAGUAUUUGUCGGGUCUUUUAUUUGGGACCUGGCAGGAUGCUUUCAGUUCGAGACAAAGUCAGUCGCUGAGAGUACUCUGGGCUACUUACUACUUUUAGGUCCUCUCAUAUGGUGGUCUUCUAAUACAAAUUCUAGUACGGUGUGCUAUCCCUCGGUGAUGAUAUGCAACGUUUUGACGCUUUGUUCCGUGCUUUUGUUGCUACAAUUCAGUCUAACUGACUUGCAUUUGAAGGUGAUAGCUGUCAGCGCUGGUAGCUUGGUGGUGAUCAUCCUUUCGCAGCUGGAAACUGUUAGCGAGAUCGCGACUGACCCUGACUGUGACUCUUCACAGGAAAGCAAUGCUUUGAGUGGGUUUUUCAACAAAUCGUUGUUCAUGCAGGAUUAUAAGGUCAAUCUCGUUAUCAUCAAUACUGUCACACUGCUAAUCUACCACAUUAGCUUGAACACGAACACAAACUCCAUAGGAAUUGCGCUCCAAAGGUUAAAAAUUCAAAUAUUUGAGGUUGGAAUUAACUUUGCUUUGAUAUUUUUGAUCAAGCCUGUUUCCAGUGUGCCUGCCUUGACGAGAAAGCCUAGUCUAUCCACCAUGAACAGCGUCAUCGACGAAGAUGGGUUUAACGGACUGGCGUUGAUUGCACAACUCUUCAACAGCAAAGAGACCAGAUCAAUAUUCAAUUUUUUGCUUCUCAACACCUCCUUCAUGUUUGUCCAGCUGCUUUACUCUUUCAGGUCCAAGAGUCUGAGUUUAUUGAGUGACUCUCUGCACAUGUUCCUGGACUGUCUUUCUCUGUUCCUUGGUCUUUUGGCCUCGUUGAUCUCUAACAGGUCCAAGAGCUCGUUCAGUGGAAGGUAUGCAUUUGGGCUCUCCAGAAUUGAAACUUUAGCGGGUUUCGCAAACGGAUCCCUGCUGAUUGGCAUCGUCUUUGGGAUAUACAACGAAAGUGUUCGCAGGAUAUUCGAACCUGUUGAUCUUCAAAAGACUGAAGAGUUACUUUUGGUGAGUAUUCUAGGUCUUCUUGUGAACCUUGUUGGUAUAUUUGCAUUCAAUCAUGGCCAUGACCAUGGCUCUGGUGGUCACUCACAUUCCCAUUCUCACCAAGCCAAUCAGGUUGCAUCAGAACCUCACGACCACUCUCAUUCUCAUUCUCACACUCACACUCACACUCACACAACUGACCCUGUACAGCAUCAAGAACACCAGGAGCAUCCCGACGAGCCCUGUCAUGAUGAAAAAGAGGUAAAUAACGACAAUAUGCACGGCAUAUUCUUGCACAUUCUCGCAGACACCCUGGGUUCCGUUGGAGUGGUGAUUUCCACAAUCUUGAUUCGUAUCACGGGUCUUACUGUUCUGGAUCCUCUUACCUCCAUACUAAUUGCUACCUUGAUCUUGAUCUCCGCAAUACCUCUAAUCAAGUCCUCGUCCUCGAACCUGUUGUUGUCAUUGAAAGGUGGUGAUGCCCAGGAGACCAAGGUGAGAGAUACUCUAUUCGAGAUUGCCAACAUAACGGGAGUCAAAUCCUAUACGACCCCCAGAUUUUGGCCUGCUCAAGAUGACUCUUCAACUCUGACUGGAUAUCUUCAUGUUCAAUUCUACAAAAGCGAGAGCUCGACUUCGAUCAGGAGAAAGGUUGAAAAAGUCACUCAGGACUCCAAACUGUUUGGAAAGCUCUAUGUUCAGUACGAGAACGAAAUGGACGAUUGCUGGUGUCGCAGCGGCUCGGGGGUUUUCAGCUCAUAUUGA